UCUGUAAAGCAACGUUUCUGGUUCUUUUUUCUUCUCUCUACUGAAGUCUAUAAAUAUGUACAAGCUGUUUCUAAACUUUAAAAACCCAAACCCAUUAAAUAGAUCUUAAGGAAAAAAAAAAAAAUCAAUCUCUCAAUAUUUCAAAUCUUAUUCUUUUCAUCUCUUUUGAACCUGCAAAUUCACCAUCACCAUCUUGUCUUUCAAGCUUCACCAUUAUCAUCUUCUUUGAUCUCUUCUCUUUGCUCAAGCCAAACAUAAUUGUUUGGGUUUCCUUUUUCUUAUUUUCCAAGAAUCCGGGACUGUUUUUACAGUUUGAGAAAUGGAAGAAAGCAAUGAUCUUUUUCAGACGAAUUUCAGUCCCAAAAUCUCAGAAAUUAGAGCUUCUCUGUCUCAGAUCAUAUUAGCAGGAGGACCAAACACACUCGACUCAAUCUUCUCAUUUCUCACUCCCUCCUCCACAACAUCCCUAGACACUCUCAAUCCUCCGCCUCCGCCGUCACCGCAGCUCGGCUCCUCCGUCUAUCUCCGGCAACGAGAUCUUAUCGAGAGACUCCACCUUCAAAACAGAGCAGUCUCCACUCCUCCUCUGUUUUCCUCAUCGUUCGACCAUCAAACUUCCGAGCUGAUGCUCCAAGAGGCGUCCGCGAAUCCUGCCGCCGCUUUCGCCGCCGCGUUAGCGGCUGGGAGAACGGCGAAAAAGAAGAAGCUUUACAGAGGAGUGAGGCAGAGACAUUGGGGAAAAUGGGUUGCGGAGAUAAGAUUGCCGCAAAACAGAAUGAGGGUUUGGUUAGGUACUUACGACACGGCGGAAGCCGCCGCUUACGCUUACGAUCGCGCCGCCUAUAAGCUUCGUGGAGAAUACGCUCGUCUCAAUUUCCCGAAUCUCAAGGACCCGAGUGAGCUACUCGGACUCGGAGACUCCUCUAAGCUAAUUGCUCUCAAAAGCGCAGUCGACGGGAAGAUCCAGAUGAUUUGCCAGAGAGUCAGAAGAGAGAGAGCGAAAAAGAGCGGAAAAAGAACGGCGACGGCGACGGAUUCUUCGCAUUCAUCGUCGCCGGAGAUUCUGUCUUCUCCGGCGGCAACGGUGACUGCGACUGCGGUUAAUUCAGAGGAUAGUUACUGGAAUUCGCCGAUGGGGGUGUGGAACAGCGAGAAUAGUUCUCCGGCGUCGGUUUCGAUUUCCGAUGAAGUCCCGGCGAUGACGACGGAGGAAGACACGAUGAUGGGAGUGGAUACUGAUGGGUUUUUGCUUGCGAGGAUGCCAUCGUUCGAUCCAGAGCUUAUUUGGGAAGUUCUCGCCAAUUGAAUUACACAAGAAACUAAACUGUGAAUUUUUGAUCAAGAAACACAAAAAGAAAAAAAAAAACAAAACUUUGGAAUUAGGAAAUAUGAUGAGAAAAUUAGGGUUUUAGGUGUGAAUCAGAGGGUUUAAAGUAAAACCGGAUCCUUUUGUUAAAAUCGUUUGAAAGUUGAUAAAUAAUUACGUUAGGGGAUUUACCGUAAUUAAGAGAUUAAGCCUCGUGGUUUUUAAAAGAGGUGAAAUGUAGUUGUAUAAUGUUUGGAAGAAAGCAAUUAAAUUAAGAUUGGUGGGGAAGGUAGAGAGAAGCACAUGUCACAGUCUCGACUCUCGACCAUAUGCCCAAUGCUUUUAAA